UUUAAAUAGUUUUUUGAACGGCAAAACAACAAACAUUUGAGAUUCAAUGCCUAGCCGAUCAUUUUAUUUAACUUUUUAAAGUCAAUUGAUAAUCCUCAACAUUUGGUAUGUCCUUCGAAAGUCUUGAUGACUUUGUGGUGCUUACAGAGGUGGUCCGUGAGAAGUAUGCAUCCUAUUUAGAACGUCAGCUGCAGGAGAAUGUAACUGCAUGGGCGGCAAAGUCGAGAAAUCAUCACAGGGCCACAGCCGUAGCUCAAAUACCAAACACUUUGGAGCAACUGGAGGAUAAGGCCGCACGAGGAUGCAUGUCGGCACGCAUUUAUCAAAGGCAUAUGAUCAAAUUGAUAGCCAUGGUUAGACGAAAUACACAGGAAACGCGCCUUGCCAACGUAUUAUUUGAAAAUAUGCAAAUCCAACAAAAUGAAGGCACUCCACAUGAUAUCAAUGGCUAUCAAUUGGUCGACAAGUCUACACAAACUGAGCCCCAAAAUAUUAAUGACAAAAAAAUCGACCAUGACGACAAUUACUGUAGUUAUGAGCUUUAUCAGAAAAUCGAUUUGUUUCAGUCCCGGCUCGAGGAGUCAGAGAAUCAUCAUGGUCGCUUCAAUAGUAGAAGUAAAAGCCCAAUCGCUGAGCAACAUAUGUCAGAGGAGGAGGAAGACGACAUUGUUGCCCAAGAAUUGGCCAUGUUGUUUGGCCAGGAGCCUAAAGAUUUGAAUGAAAUCUUUGGCAUUGAAACUUCAGCGAACAUCAACGAUGAUCCACAAGUGUGUGCCCUUUUGAAGGAAAUCGAUCAGGCGGAGCUACCCCAUCACAAUAAAAAACACUCACCGACUCCAACUCCGCCGCCUCUGCAACCUCAUCAUCAAAUGGAUGCUUUGCAUAAUAGUCGCUGGCCAUGUGAACUUUAUGCCCAACGACGCCGCCUUAAUGCCUGCCUCAUACGGAUUCUUGAGCAAGAUUGGCGCAUUGAAACCUCCUUGAGGGAGAAAUUUCAUGAACUCUUUGGCGAGGAUAGCGAUGAAGAAUUCGCCACUCAUAUCACAAGCCCAUCAAUUGAUCUCGUCGAUGAGGUUCUUCUUGCUAGCUGCAUUUUACGUAUUCGUCCGUGGAUUGUCCGCAAUUUGAUGUCGCCGCUACAGGAUGGCUUAAUUGGCAAUCGUUUUCUAUUCAAGAAAUUAGCCAAAAAAUUGGCCAAUUGCAUUGUCCUCGCGAAUCCUUAUGCUUCCCAGAGUCAAGUGAAAGAAACUGUUGAAGAUUUAUUUUGCCUUAAACCUCGCGGCAUACAAAGUUCAUAUGAUUUGGAUAAUUUACCAAAUCUCAAUGUGGACAGACAAAUUAAACUUGAUGAAAUUGUUACAAAAAUAUGAUCCUAAUUAAAAGUGAUCAAGUGCUACUAAAAAGAAGUGAUUAGAUUUAAGCAAAAAAUUUCCCGAAAUGAGCUCAAUUGAAUGACAGCUCCGAUAUAAUCUCAAUGAAAUGUGUCUUUUUGUUUUUAUUCCAAGACUAUUCCGUUUUACAUCUCGCCAAAAAGUCGUAGAAAAUAAUUACAGUGAAGAUUUAAUAAAUUAAAUAGUUUAAGAACAUAUUGGGAAAAUCACAAUAUGAAUAUGAACUGAAUCCUAAUUCCUUUUAAGUUGCACAAGAAACACUAGUUAAUUGUUUUUCAAU